UAAGCUCUGCUCUCUGGGGACGGUGACAAAACUCGAGGGAAUGGCAUGGAGCUGUGACAGGGGAGGGUCUGGCUGGAGGUGAGGAAAAGAGUUUUCACUGACACGGGGCUUGGCCACUGAAACAGGCCUCCCAGUGAAGUGGUGAGGGCAGCAAGCCUGCUGGAGUUCACAAAACGUCUGGGAAAUGCUCUCAGACACGUGCUUUGGUUUUUGGGGGUCACCCACAGCGAUGGGCUCUGAGGUCACCCAGCGAUGGGCUCUGAGGUCACCCAGCGACGGACUGUGACCUCACGGCCCUCGCUGCUCAUAUUGGGGUGCCGGCAGAGCCUGCCCCAGCCUGGCUCGUGCCUGGAUUCCUGCUGAGCGUUUGUGCGAGGCUUGGAGCGCCGAGCAAGGAUUUGGUGGAGCUGUGCUGUGGGGCCGUCGGCAGCUGUUCUCAGUGCCCGUCCCCGCAGCCAGUGCCUGUGUUUCCCCGGCCCUGCCUGGCUCAGGCAGCCGGGGCCCUGUGAGGAGCACUUGCAGCAGCGCAGGGUGUGCGAUACCUGCUUCUGCAGUGCCGGUGCAGGGGAGCAGCUCAUCACCAUCAGCUCUCCCCAGCGCACCUUAGCGUGAAGAUCAUGGCCACAGAGGAGGCGUGGACGUGUCCCGUCUGCCGGGAGGGGCGAAAGGACGUGGCGUACGCGACACCAUGUAACCACCAGUUCUGCCUGGGCUGCAUCCAGCGCUGGGCAAAACUGAAGGCGAGCUGCCCACUCUGCAGGACGGGCAUGAGGACCAUCAAGGUUUCCGUGCGGGGAGAGGAAGACUACCUAGAAUGCAUCGUCUCCCCUCCCGCAGUGCCCGUACCUAUUGGCUUCCAGGCAGGCAGCGCCACCGCCCCCCACAGCCCUGCAGCGCUGGCUCCGUCCUCUGUGCCAGCCGAGGAGAGGGCUGCGGAGCCCGAUACCCGGGCUGCUGUGGGCGGCCUCCUGCCCGAGGACUGGGCCAUGCUGUUCAGGGAGCGCAGGGACAUCCUCAACCCUGUGCUGCCCUGGCUUCGCCGGGAGCUCUCAGCCAUCUAUGGGACACGCUGGUGGCAGGCGAGAGCUGCAGAGAGCUUCCUCCUGCACUCCCUGUGUGUGAUGGGGCUGGACAGGGACGCCAUGAUUCAUCACACACAGCCCGGCUUGGGGCCCCUCACCGUGCCGCUCAUCGACGGGCUCGUCGGCACCAUCGUGGGUCUCUGCGGCCAGGAGGCACGGAGGCUGCUGGGCCUCGAGAGCAGCCGCGCUGCCAGGGCGCAGGAGGCCAGACCUGCAGCUGCUUCUGGGCACGCUGCUCCAGCGCAGGGAGCCUUCAGUACCAGCCCCGCGCCCUCCAGCAGCUCUGCAGACCCUGACACGGAGGAGAUCCCCAGCACAUCCGGCAUGCUCCAGCCUGGGGGUCCUGGCGAAGUCCCAGCUGCAGACAGCCCCAGGGAGCAGGAAGAGCCCCGUGAAGAGCUGGGGCAGGAGGCAGCAGCAGGUCCCUCUGCCCGGGCCUGCAGGCGCAGCCCCUCCACUCCUCACCGCUCGACUCGGGGGUCCCGGCGCCCCAGGAAGCGCACCCGCGCGGGCAGUGCCCAAGACUCUCCCCAGCCCUGCAAGAGGCCGCCCCCCCGGCGCCUCUAGCAGGGCUCCUGCGGGUGGUGAAAUAAAGAACAAUAAAAUAGAUUGGAUAUACCACAGAAAAAGUCUCGGUGUGAUUCAAACCAGAGCUGGCA